UCAAUUACCCAUCUCCAUGUAUAUUUAUAUUAAUAUGCACAUUUAAUUUUCUAUUUAUCUUAUUAUAAUUUAUAAAUUAUGUAUAUUUCCCUCCCUCUUUUCUAAAAAAAAAAAAUAAAAUAAAACUCAGCUUCCCAGCAUUGUUUUUCCUCUGUUUUCUUCGUCUUCUUCGUUAAGGUUUCGAUGGAGGGGCUGGCUUUGGAAGGAGUCCGCACGUUGGCUUCUGGUAGGUCGUUGCUGUCGCUGAAACCACUAGGGACGGUGAGAUUAUCGGUGCUCAACCCGGUUAAUUUGGAUUACGGAGGUAAAAAUUUGGGGUUGACUGGGGUGAAUAAUUCCCUAUCUUUGCAACCCAUAAAGGCUGUGGAGAACUCUACUGCUUCCUUGCUGACUGACUGUACUGCUGUAAUCUCAGAAGUUCAGCAGAAGUCAACGAGCGGAAAGUCAACAAACAUUGUGUGGCAUAAAAGUUCAAUUGAUAAAUUUGACAGGCACGAACUACUUCAGCAGAAAGGUUGUGUCAUCUGGAUUACUGGUCUCAGUGGCUCAGGAAAGAGCACGUUGGCUUGUGCACUGAGCAGAGCACUGUACAGAAGUGGAAAGCUGACUUACAUUCUUGAUGGUGAUAAUGUGCGGCAUGGUCUCAACAGUGACCUAUGUUUUAAAGCAGAAGAUCGCACUGAAAAUAUUCGCAGGAUUGGUGAGGUGGCAAAGCUGUUUGCAGAUGCUGGAGUGAUUUGCAUUGCCAGUUUGAUAUCUCCUUACAGGAGAGACAGAGAUUCAUGUCGUGCUUUAUUGCCCCGAGGAGAUUUUAUUGAGGUUUUCAUGGAUGUGCCACUCCAAGUUUGCGAGGCAAGGGACCCGAAGGGCCUUUACAAACUUGCACGGGCUGGAAAGAUUAAAUGUUUUACUGGGAUUGAUGACCCCUACGAGCCACCAAUAAGUUGUGAGAUAGUAUUACGGCAGAAAGGAGAAAACUGCUGUUCGCCUAGUUACAUGGCUGAGACUGUUGUAUCUUACUUGGAGGACAAAGGGUACCUGGAGGCUUAAUUAUAGACACGCACAUUACAUAUUCCCUUGCUAGUAUCAAUAAAAGCCUGUCCAGAACUGUUCUUUUCCUUGUACAAGAGGAAAUUACUCGUAUUAAUUUCUUCGUUUCUUUCUUUCGUAAUAUACAUAUAUAUAUAUAUAUAUAUAUAUAUAGAGAGAGAGAGAGAGAGAGAGAGAGAGAGAGAACUCCUUGGUCCCUUUUCAUUUGUAGUAGUUCCUAAUAUGCUUUAAAAAUUGGAGUUUUAUCCCAGAAAUAUCCUUCCGGACAGAAA